UCUACACUGGAGAAGGCGUGAUUGGUGAAACAGUCCCGCUACAGCACCACGAGACCUUCAGCUUAACAUUUCUUCCUGUUUGGAUAUUCUUGCAGUUCUCAGUAGGUGCUGUAAUGGCGGAGGAGAUCCUAUGGCCACGGGAGGCAGGCCGGUUUGUGUCCGAGCGGAGUUGUGAUGUCCAUGUGUGUGAGGAGGGUGUGUUACGAGUCGCAGAGAUGCUGUAUGGCCUCAGACACAGCGAGGUCCUCAGUGCUCGUGGGUGGAGCCUCAUGAACCCUUUGGCCCCACCCCCAGGUGGUGACGCAGCUCUCAAUUGGUUGCUGGUGGUCGACACCAUGAACUUCUCCUUCUGGCCAGAUGACCCAGACAAGCAGUGCGAGGUCAUAUGUCGGGGUAAGACCUACACCGGCUACAUGGCACUGUGUGCAGCCAUCACCAGAGCACUGGAUGAGGGUGUGCCCAUCACAGACCCAGCGUAUUUCUCAAAGAUGAGUCUUGAGGACUUGGGCAGGGUUCUGCGCUCAGAUAGUUCGGUACCCAUGCCGAUGCUCAGCGAGCGCCACAAUGCCUUGACGGCAGUUGGUUGCGCAGUGCUCACACAUUCAGGGUCAUUCCGCUGCUUCCUGGAACCCUGCAACAACAACGCCCUCAAAAUGGUUCAGCACAUCGUGGAGCUCCUGCCCUCCUAUCGGGAUGAAGCCGUCUUUGAGGGUAGGAGGGUGGCAUUCUACAAGAGAGCUCAGAUCCUGGUGGCUGAAGUGUGCUGUAUACUAGAAGCUGGUGGGCAGGGUGGUGUCUCAGACAUGGAUCAGCUAACAAUGUUUGCAGACUACAGAGUACCACAGGCACUUGUCCACUUGGGCGUGCUGCGGUAUUCAGAUGGGUUAAUGGACACUCUCAAGAAGGGUGAGUUGCUGGACUCUGGUGAUAGAAGAGAGGUGGAGAUCCGUGGCUGUUCCAUUGACUCUGUGGAGCAGAUUAAGGAAAAGCUUGUCCAGUUGAUGGCUCAGCGUGACGGAGAGGUGUGCCACAUCAACUCUGCCCUCAUCGACUUCUUCCUGUGGCCUUAUGCAAAGGAGCAUCACAAGGAGAUGGCCCACAUCCCAAUCCACCACACACGCUGCAUCUACUACUGACUGACGUGAAGUCAGCUUUAGUUUGCACAUUUAGAUCCUGUUUAGAGCCUCAUUUAUGAUAAUUGAAUUAAAAAAAGAAGUUGUUUA